CUUAAUGAUAUUUUUAAAUAUUUUCCGUAAUUUCUUUAUAUAAACUAAUAUUUGUGAUUAUUUACGUGUUUGUCAUUUAAUAUUGUUCUUUCAUUGAUUACAUAACCUUCAGUGUAAUUUAUAUUAUUAGUUUUUUGUUAAAAAUUUAUGUAAAAUAGUAAUGUCGCGCAUUUUAAUUAAUUUGUAUCCGAAAGCUCGUAGUUUGAUUGCUUCAUCUUCGCUCUCCGCAGAAUUAAAAUCUUUAGCUGCAAUAAAUAAAACCCGCAGUUUUUCUGCUUCCUCGAAGCUUUUCGGCUGGCCUCAAAUUCAGCAGCCGGCACCAGAUUUUGCAGGUACUGCUGUGGUAAAUAGAGAUUUCAAAGAUAUUAAACUCUCGGAUUAUCGAGGGAAAUACGUCGUCUUAUUUUUCUACCCACUGGAUUUUACAUUCGUUUGUCCCACCGAACUAACAGCUUUUAGUGACAAAAUAUCUGAAUUCAAAGCCAUAAAUUGUGAAGUAAUUGCAGUGUCAACAGACUCUCAUUUCAGUCAUUUAGCAUGGAUCAAUACACCAAGAAAAAAGGGUGGUUUAGGAGAUAACUUCUCUUAUCCACUUUUGAGUGAUUUCAACAAAGAAAUAUCCAAAAAAUAUGGGGUUCUUCUAGAUGAUGCUGGAAUUGCUCUUCGAGGUUUAUUCAUAAUUGAUAAAGAAGGAGUAUUAAGACAGCUCAGCAUUAACGAUUUACCUGUUGGAAGAAGUGUAGAUGAGACGCUACGUUUGAUCAAAGCAUUUCAAUUUGUGGAGAAACAUGGAGAAGUUUGUCCAGCUAAUUGGCAGCCAGAUUCUAAGACGAUUAAACCAAAUCCGAAAGAUAGUAAGGAAUACUUCGAGUCUGUUAACUAAUUCAAUAGCUCUUAACGUGGUUAAGUCAUCACUUAGUCAAUUGUUUGUUAAACAAAUACGAUUAACGAAUCAAUUGAUAUUAUAAUUGAAAUAUAAUAUUCAAAAGGGAUGCUUUGAUAAGCAAAAAAUUUUUAAUUUUUUUUCUAAAUGUUAAUCUUUCCUAAUGAAUCGGUAAAUUAAUUAUUUAAUUUUGUUAUUAUAUACAAUGUAACAGUAAUUAGUAAGAAAAAUAAAAAAAAUUAAAUAAUCAA